AUGGCUACUCAGUGCUCUAUGUAUCGCAUCAAAAAGCUCGAACAUAGUACAUCAGAUACUGGGACCUCGUGCUACAAAGCUACAGAUGGAUCUCUAUGUUUCUGUACAGUAAUAGACUUUAACCAAGGUCACGAAUCUGGUCUUGAUUUAGAAUGCUGCCCACUUCAUUCGCUUUUUAAUAUACAGUGCGAGCCGAUUGUUCUGAAAAGUAAUUCGCGCUUUCGCAUUCUUCUGGGUAAUUCUCCCGACACUACGCAAUUUAAAAACCAGCCGAAUUCGAAACAACUUUCUUUAAGAAGUGUGGUAGAGAAAAUCCUCUUUAAUUGUACAUCCGGGGACGUGUUCAAUGUAGAUAUAGAAUCCGUUGAGAGAGAUGAAAAACACGAAGUUCCUACAGAGUAUCAUCUAUCAUUACGCGUUGACUAUGUACUUGUUCCACCGAUCUGUGGCGAUCCUACUAUGAAUGCUAAUGCUAAAAUAUUAGAAUCAGAUUUAAGAGAGAAUACUACAGUUGACUGGAAUCCUGAUUUAACAAACCAAUGGUUAUAUCGUGCUUCGUAUUUAAAAGAAAGAGGUUCUUGGUUAGUAAAUCAUCAUUUGAAAUGUGUAACAUUACACUCGAACAAUUCAAAUAGUAGUAAUAACAGAGAGAAAUUAUUCAAAUAUAUUUGGUCAUCAGCUUUUGCAUGUUAUUCCAGAGCUUUACAGCUUGUUUCAUUAGCUUAUUGGGCUGAAAAAACAUGUGUAAAUGAUGUUUUACCAAUGGAAACUGACGAAAAUGGAUCUGAUUGUACGAAAAAUAAAACUAGUACAAAUAAUAUACACUGGAUUCAAGUGGUAUCAGGUGAAAAACCCAUAACUUGUAAUAAUGGUGAAAAAUUGAACAGUUCAGACUACAAAAUUUGGGAUCGUUUUGGGGAUAUUGAUCACAAAACUAUGUUUCCAUUGCAAUGUAAACCUUUACGCUUGAUGUUUAUCCUCCUUUCAAAUGUUGCUUUGUGUCAAUUAAAAGUUGGAUCUAAUGAAUAUUGUGCUCGAAAUUGUUCACAUGCUUUAUAUCUUCUUUCAUGUCAAAUAGAUUCUUCUAUAUAUUCAUCAACUAAUGAUUAUUAUCAUCAAGAUAUAAUUAAUGCAUCAUUAUUUUCACAAGAAAAACUUCAAUUCUAUUGGGAUAAUUUUGAAAUAUCUUAUCAAGAUAUCCAUAAAGUACUAUUUCGUCGUGCUCAAUCUUAUUUUAAUCAAGGUAAAAUGGAUGAAGCAAAAUUUGAUUUGGAAAUAUGCGUUGAAUUAAUGAAAAGUCAAUUAUUAGCAUUGCAAAAUGAAGACCAUAAGGAGAAGACUAUAGAUAAUAAUAAUAAUAAUAAUAAUAAUAAUAAUAAUAAUAAUAAUAAUAAUAAUAAUAAUAAUAAUAAUAAUAAUAAUAAUGAACAAGAAAAGGAUACGGAGAGUAACAAUAAUUGUAAACAAAUUAAAACAGCUUUACAGGCUAGUGAAAACCUGUUAGCCAAAGUGAUUGAUCGUAUAAAACGUGAUCAAGAUGAGUUACUCUCUCGCAUUAGGAAACGAACACAUGUAAAUGAAUGAAAUGUUAUAUUUUGUUGUGUUUUAUAGUUUUUCUUUAUUUAGUGAAUAAUUAUACUUUAUAUAUUAUUAAAGAAACCAUCUUCGUAUCAGUUGUUUGAUAAUUUACAUCACAGAUUCAUUCAAAGCUUUAUCCGGGUUUUUUUUGAAACAAUCAAAUAAGCAGCAUUGAGGUUAGAUACAUAUUUACUAGGUAGCAAUGAUGAUAUAUCGGUUGGUGAAACUGUGCAACUUCAUUGGUUAAGAUGGUUAUGGUAUGCAUUAUAUUUACUCGUCCUCUGCCUACCCCAAAGUGCGUUAUGACCAACUUGGGAUCAUUUUGGAUAAAAGCUGGGUGCGAACAAACCAAAAUGUCCCAUCAGUUUAUCAAAUAAUUGUCUGUUACUCUGAUGGAAACGUUUUGUUUGAAAUCCCUCAAAUAACUGGUAUCAGUAGUUGGAAACAUUUGUUGAUAUGGCUUAGAGUUAUUUGCCGUAGUUUAGUUGGAUUUACUUUAUCUCCCCAUAAAUAUUGAGUUUUAAAGCAAGUACAUAAUUUGUAUUCCUUUAUUUCAUUCCUUCUUUUCAAACUAAAUUCUAUAUAUUUAGUUUUGCUAUAACCGAUACUACAACUACUUCGAAUUCUUUGAUACCCUGUUAAUUUCAUUGCUUUGUGCUAGUGUGAGAUGUGAUAAUUAUAACCUAUACACAUCUGUACCACAUUUUAUGUUGAUUACGAUGGACUGACUGACUGAUACUUUACUGUCACUGGAAACAAAGUAGGUGGAGGAGAAUUCCGACCCAAUCAUCCUAAGUUGAUUGGUUUAAUUAUCAAGAUAUUGUUAUACUAAUAAUAUGACCCUAGUAAACAUAAGAAGUAUCCUAAUAUAAUAGUUAGUUUAUUCAUGUCUUCUUUGUAAGUUCAUUAUUAUUGAGAUUAGAAAUGAAUAUCAUUUCUCAAAAAAAAAAAAGGUUUCACUUCAAACCUUCGCUACCUACCUGGUUAUUUUAUUAUCUUAAGACCCGAAUACAACAGUUUGAAGUCCAUUGUAGGUUUUUAAUCCAUGAAUUCUGUUGAGUCAGGGAGUAUAAGUGAAAAUGUCAAAAUUUAAAAGUUAUUCUCUUAGAACUCAGUAUAUAUGCUUGUAAUAACAUGUAACACUUUUAUCUCUUCCUUGGUAGGAAACAACAAUAAAUUUUACUGAUUAUUAUUUUCUAUAUUCAGUUCGUUUAUUGUUCUUCAUCCCCCCUUUCUUUCUUAAAUAUACACUUCAUUGCCCAAUUAUUUGAACACUUCAUAUUACGUAAUCUUGUAAUUUUUAUGAGUGUUAUUGACUUAUAUCGUAUUAUGAAACAUUAAUUCAAGCGUUUAUUAUUCAUAUCACAACUAGUACACCUAUCAUUACAUUUAAAUAAAGCAAGAACAAAUAUUGAUGCAGAAUAGUAUGAAUUCAUAAUAUUUCGAGGUUUCUCGUCAGCUGCUUACAACCAAAUAUCAUUACAUUAUCAAUUUUUACUUUUCACUUAUUAUGUAAUCUAUUCCACUGUUAUUACUGUCUCAUAAACUGCCUUGAUUAGUUUAAUAAUUUCGUUUAUGCAUAUAAAUACAUUACUGUAUAUUAGUGUAAAGCUUGAUGAAGAUCUAACUGAAAACAAUAUUGUCCACUUAUAUAUAUAUUCUAGUUCACAAUAUCUUAAAUAGUUAGGUUAUGAUAUAUUCCUAUUCUUUUAAUUGGAAGUUUUCACCACUAUAAUAUCUUUUACCAUCUUUAAAUUAUAAUAAAUUAAUCAG